CGACCAAUCAGGAGCCAGUUUGUUAGGUUGCUGUUUUGGGAAGCUGUCGAUGGAAGGUCGGGAUUGUUGUUUCCAGUGAAUGGUCACAGUUUGGGAUUUUAAAUCAAACCAGAGCCUCAGCUCCAUGUGGAGAUGUUCCGUCGUGUUCUGGGGAAAACCCUUCGCUUUGUGGGUUAUACCAUCCAGUAUGGCUGCAUAGUACACUGUGCCUUUGAAUACAUUGGAGAAUUUGUGGUGUGUUUUGGUCCAUCUAUGGAGCCCACGAUCGUAAACAAUGUGGUGUUCUCUGAACGCAUUAGUCGUCAUCUUUAUAAAAUACAGAAGGGUGACAUAGUUAUUGCAAAAAGUCCAUUCGACCCACACGUGAACAUUUGUAAAAGGGUUAUUGGAUUGGAGGGUGACAAGAUCUGCACUAGUUCCCCAUCAGAUUUUUUCAAGACCCACACAUAUGUUCCAUUGGGGCAUGUAUGGCUGGAAGGGGAUAACCAUAUGAAUUCCACUGACUCUAGGAACUAUGGCCCAAUUCCUUAUGCCCUAAUCCGAGGUCGUGUUUGCUUAAAGCUUUGGCCGCUACGUAGCUUCGGCACUCUGAGUGAAAGCCCAACCAAACGCAUCAUUAAAGCUCAGAGUGACUCAGACUCAGAUUGACACAUCCAAUUGUUUCUUUUCCUGUACUUAGUCUGAAUCAUUUUUUUUUUUAAAUAAAACAACUAUUU